CAGGCAAAUCAUUUCUGUAUUUAAAAACUGUCUUUCCGCUAGCCUGAUCACGCCGAACCCGUUCCCCUGGAAAUCGGCCUGACCGUCCUUGCCAAUAAGGGUCCCAGCUCACCCCACAUCAUUGAGCUGCUGGACUGGCAGGAGUUUCCAGACCAUUAUGUUAUGGUCUUGCAGUGCCCCUCGCCCUGUGAGAACCUCUUUGACUACUUGGAGCGCUGUGGAGGCAUCUUAGACGAAAACUUUGCACGGCACGUGAUGCAGCAGGUCGUCGAGGCUGCUGACAAAUGCUGCAGCCGCGGAGUUCUUCAUAGAGACAUCAAACUGGAGAACUUGUUAGUUAACACAGACAACCUGGACGUGACUCUGAUUGAUUUCGGCUGCGGGGACCUGCUGCAUGAAAUGCCGUACAGCACCUUUAGUGGUACAGAGGAAUACUGCCCCCCUGAAUAUUCAGAGACGGGCAAGUACCACGGACGGCCAGCAACAGUGUUUUCACUGGGGGUGGUUUUGUACACUUUGGUCUGCGGCUAUUAUCCAGACCACACCGAUCUGGACAAGAUCAAGAACUGGCUGUGGUAUCUGCCCAGCUUGUCAAAAGAAUGCAGCCAUUUGAUCAACGCCUGCCUGCAUCCCAACCCCGAGGAGAGAAUGCCUCUUGACAGACUCCUACUCCACGACUGGUUUAACGUCAUCCCAAAAGUCGUAGAGACAAGAGCACCCUGCUACGGCCACACAGGAAGUGCCCUGUAG